CUCUUACCUAGGGUUUCGCAAAAUAGUAGGAGAGCACACAUGGUUGUCAGUUUAAAAUGUCUCAUUUCCUGUCAGUGAGGAAAGCGUCAGUUUCAACAUCUCAAAAAGGUGGGGUUAUUUUCUGCUCUUAGUUCCUGCUUUCCUUCAGUCAACAUUAUGUUAAGCCUAACAGGUUAAUCUUCGAACUUUUAAUACAUCUUGAUACCAAACCCGGGUUAUCCUAGUAGAAUCAUAGUGUGAAACAUCAGGUGUGUGUAACAGAAGAUCUGAGGCCAAAAUGAUCAUCUUUACCUUCAUUAUUUUUCUGCCAAUGGCAGCAAUCAGCACAGUAAAAUCUGAGCUGCAACUCAACACCACAGACAUGACAACUGGCAACGUGACCCAAAACACCCAGUUGGCAACACGACAGCCAUCAACUUUACAACAGCUGUCAGAGAUUCCAUCCGUCAACACAACUACCAGUGUUGAUAGGACUACCCCAGAGGACCCAAGAACCUCUACUCCUUCACUGCAUACAACUCAGAUGACGCCUCCAAGAAUACUUUCAGUAAAUAGUGAGACGGCACCAACUCUCACCAGUUCAUCAAAUACACCAACUGUUAAGUCUAACGUUUGGAAAUCCAUAACAAUGACCCUGAGUAGUCAGACCAGUCAGCGAAUCAACAAUUCAACAGCACCUCCGGUGCUAAGCAACAUUACACAAAACCGCGGCACACAGAGAACAUCAACCUCACAGAUAAAGUUAAAUGAAGUGACCUCAUCAUUUAUACCUACAUCCAGAUUGACGGCCAUUCAUACGAAAACCACGUCUAUCAAGCCUGAAGAAAGAAAAUCUAAAAGUACCAAGCAAGUUCCAGGUGGUGACACAACACAACCCUCCAUCUCAGAGACAUCAAUCGUUGACAAGGCAAAGAAAAAUGGUUCACAACACGGCAAAGUUGUGGCAGCAAUAAUAGGUUCAAUGCUGUCACUGAUGAUUGUAGGAUUUCUGCUCAUUUACAUCCGCAAAAAGAGACUUCAGAAGGAGCAGACGACUACUAGCUGGGCAGGUCCUUCGCCACUACUGGAUGGAGAAGCUAACAACGGCAAUGCGGUAUUGGCAUCAUCCAACCGAAUUUCCCUGACCAGUUUUCUGCCUCACAGACUUUCAAAGACAUUCUCUUUACUUCCAGAAACAAAUGAGAUGACGGAUAUCACUUCAAGAACCACAUUAGAAGAAAAACACCAAGGAAGCACUUUUGGUCAAGCUAUCGAUGGAAAUGAUGCACAAGAAAAAUAGUUCACAGCUGCUGUUCCAGAAGAGAACACUGGAAGUGAAACUGAAGAGAUAGCUGUAAUGUCUGCCGCAGGGUUCUCUUUAGUGAACCAACAGUCAUCCUCAGACAAAGUCAUUCUGGGUUUUCAGCUUUCACGGAAAAACGAAAGGUGGCCAUACAUGGUCAUAAGGCCUCUUCUAAAUCUCGAAUCAAAUCUGAAAGCUGUAUGCACUUAGUUUCCUGUCUGAGACUGGAUGUUGGGGCACUGUGAAAAUUUGUGUCAUGUUUCUUAAUCAACAUUAAAACAGCUAUUACCAUUAUGCUCACAUCAGCACACAGAAACUAAACCUACAACAUCAACAAAUAUAACUAUCAGAAAUUAUCUGAAUCUUUUUUCUUGUGGAAUUUACUUAGAUAGUACAAAAUACAACUGCAUAUGUUUAGAUCUAUCUUGCACUUUAAUGAAAAGCAGAAGGAAGUGUUGUAAGAGGAACACACAGCAAGAUACAAUGUUGCUGACAUGCCACAUGCUUGAUUUGCUCUCCACACAGUAAUACAGAAUCACUAUGAACAAAAGAUCUUCAGAACACCGUCACUAGACCAUAUGCAAGGAGAUAUAAACUUAAUAGGUAGGAUAUCCUUUUAGGACAUAGAAAACUAAAUAUAGAGUUUUUCAAUGAGGCAUUUCUUCUUUAACCACUUCAAAGAUGUUUCAUAACAAAGUGCAACACAAAUGCUUCUUUGUC